AUGAUGCUCAACUCAGACACGGUGGAGCUGGACCUGCCUCCCUCCCACUCCGAGACCGAGUCAGGCUUCAGUGACUGCGGGGGCGGGGCGGGCCCCGACGGGGCUGGGCCUGGGGGUCCGGGAGGGGGCCAGGCCCGGGGCCUGGAGCCCGGAGAGCCCGGCCGGAAAGACCUGCAGCACCUGAGCCGGGAGGAGCGGCGGCGCCGUCGCCGGGCCACAGCCAAGUACCGCACGGCGCACGCCACUCGGGAGCGGAUCCGCGUGGAAGCCUUCAACCUGGCCUUCGCGGAGCUACGCAAGCUAUUGCCCACGCUGCCCCCCGACAAGAAGCUGUCCAAGAUCGAGAUCCUGCGCCUGGCCAUCUGCUACAUCUCCUACCUGAACCACGUCCUGGACGUCUGA